CUCCAAAAGGGUCAAGUAGGGACUGCAGUUAUGAAACAAGAAGCUAGACAUGAGAACUUCCCUCUGAGCCCAAAAAGGCAGUUUGGCAGCCAUUUUCAAGGGGGAAAUGGCGCUAGAGGUGGCCAAUUAUGGAAAUUUAGAAGCAAACCCAGACUUCAGUCCAAAACUUAUUCUAGAGAGUUCUAGGGGUGCCCAUGUGGAAUGGGACACCACAUGGAUGUUUACAUUCUGAGUAGAAAAAACCACAUGCUGCCCCAGCUAUUCACAAAUCACAACCCUCUUAUGUCUCUCAACAUACCAAAUCCUUAUUCCUUAGAAUAAGAACAUAUGCAUGAAAGGAUGAACAUUUGAAACCACAAAUUAUUUUGGUGAGAAACCAAAGAUGGAGACCAAUUUAGAUGCCAUGGCCUCCAUUUUUACUUCUGGAUUUGGUCGACUAAAUUUAGAAAAUGUGGGAAAUUAAAAUUCUUACUAAGCCAACUCCUCUAAAGAGUCUCAGAAAAUCCCUAGCAACAAAUAAAACCCAUAUUACUCAAUGAAUACUAAAGAAGUAUCCUUUUUUCAAGAAAAAAAAGAUAGAAGAGGACCUUUUACCCCACUAGGUAAAUGACAAUUACCUUCUUUUUGAAAGCACAAAAACUUCACAUCAAAAGUGGAAGAAGUCAAGGCCAUCAUGGAUUAGAUAGCAAGAAUGGUUAUUUUGCUUUGUACAUAGCCCUUAUAGGUUCAUGUGUUUUCAUAUGUCUAUUGUUGAUUUGGAUCUAUGAUACUUUAUUAUUUUAUCUUUCUUAGUUGCAUCUAUCUCAUAUUUGUGGUAUCUUAAGGCAUAUUAACAUACUAACAUUGGUUACUGUUCCAAGUUUGGAGUUCCUUUAAAAUGUAACCAUAAAAUGUAACCAUAAAAUGGAUAUCUUAUGGAUUAUGCCCCUCGUUUGUGUUGGGCUCAUACACAGAAGUUACAUCACAUAAAUAGUUAAGUGAUGAGUGUUUUUAAAAUGGGGCCAAGACCGCCAAAUUUUUCCAAAAAAUUGGCGCCAUGGCUACCGAUUUUGCACCUCCUGUGUUUUAGCUUAACCUCUAACAACAACCACAAAAGAUAAAAAAAUAUAUAAGAAUAAAAUAACAAACCUAGACGUGAUACGAAUGGAAAAGAAAAUUAACACAAAAAGGCUACAAAAAAACUCAAAACAAAAAAUGAAAAGGAAAAGAAAGAACGCCUAAUUUACUCACUUUCAGAAAGGAUCGUGAAAAUCUACGGCAACAACGCCAAAUUUCGAUAUGUUGUAGAACAUGAGUCAAGUUUACCUGGUCGUAACCAUGAUUGUAUUUCCUCAAGGACUUUCACGUUCCCCUAUUCAUUUAGGGACAGUGGUGAAGCCACUUGGACUUUAGGGAGGUCCUAAGCACCACCUGAAAAAUUAGAACACAUGAAAAAUAUAUUGCAUGCGUGUUUGUAGGGAGGAAAGGUAGAAUAUGGGACCUCCCUGUAAGAAAAGUUGUUCCACUACUAAGCUACCCAUCGUUUCAUAAUUUAUGUAUAUCAGUGGACAUAUUUAUAAUGUGGGUAAGACAGGUAUACUCCAGAAGUAUAGCAUAUUCCUGUUGAUCUUAUUACCUUUAGAUGUGCUUUGAUGAGCUCUAACAAAUCUCAACGGUCAAUUAUUGUUUCUAUUGAAUUGAACUUUGGGCUUGGGUUUAGAAGAUCGAAGUCUGGGGUUAAUCUAUUAGUAUUUACGGUUUAUCGGUCUAGUAUCAUACCCGAAACUCAGUUUAAUUCAUGAUCUAGAUAAAAAUAUCUCACUAGAAGUAUCUGAAGUAUAGUAUACUCCACGAGUACACUAGUCUGGCCUUAUAUUGUGAUAUGAUUUAAUGUUAAAGAUUUUAUAACACACUUUUUCGUUCCCAAACUAUCAUCAUGACAACUCUUUGUAAUUCAUAGCCCCAAUUUCCAGGAUGUUGUUAUGCAGGUGGCAGGGAUGCCGGUUCCGAAGUCGAAACUUGGCGCCGAUGAGCUUGUUUGGGUUCUCAAGUAGUAAGGCGGUGUCACCCUCAAGUUGGCGUACCGGCUAGUGGCGGAGGUUGAUGGCAGCGAGGCUAGCCCCUCCUCGAAUAAUUUAUGGCGAUGUCUGAAGCCACACAGGGUAUGAUAUUUUCUUUGGCUAGUCACACAUGGCUGCCUGCUGAAGAACAUGGAGCGCGCUCGUCGACAUAUCACUGUCAUGUCCCGAUGCCAGCGCUGCAGAUCAGAAGACGAGACGUUAGACCACAUUCUUCGAAAGUGCUCCUAUGUGAGGGAGGUAUGGAGAGAGCUACUUCCUAUAGUCGCUUCCCCGGAUGAUUCCCGUAGCUUCUAUGAGUGGUUUACAGAGCUGGUCACGUGCCCUCAGAGCCAGGUUUGUAUUGGUUUCACUUGUUGGUUUUUAUGGCGUGCUCGAAAUGGUAUCAAUAUCAUAUUUCUAGACAUCAUAGAAUCCCCUAACAAGUUAUCGCAAAGGAUCCUCACCUAGGAGGUCGUCGCUCAACAAAAUCGCACAACAUAACACACUUUAUCACUGGGAGGUCGGGGUCGCGUCGAGACCUAGCUGUUGGGUGGAGACUAGCCACGAUAGGGUAGAUCGUAGUGAACUCGGAUGGAUCGCUCCUACAAUCGCCUGAGUCAACCACUGUAGGAUGAGCGCUUAGAGACUGGCGGGGUAGCUUGUUAGGGCCUAUUCGAUGAACCAGGGAAGAUGUUCCAUCACCCCGAGCAGAGAUUUGGGGGCAUUGAAGGGCCUCGAGUUAGCAUGGGAUGCUGGGGACCGACAGAUCAAGCUCGAGAUAGACUCCAAGAUGGUAGUUGCUCUCCUCCUAGACACCAAACAAACCAACCACCAGUACGCCAACCUUACCUUGCCUUUCGAGGCUAUGCUCCGCCAGGACUGGUCAACAUGUUUAUAGAGAAGCCAACUUUUUGGCUGACUGUUUAGCCCAUAGGGACAUUCCAUGUCCCUUGGUACUCAUAUGGUUUACAUAUCAGACGUUGAUGUAUGCCAUUGGGCUAUUUUUCAAUCUGUUGGCGAUUUUACUGUCCGCUCGAUAAUUGAAUUAGAGGUAGCAAUGUGUUUGCACCCAUUUUCAUAAAAAAAAAGUUUUUCCUCAGCCAUCGUUAUUGUAUUUCUUUUGUUAGUUUGUAUCUCUUUUAUUUUGUGCUCUGUAAAAAAUCAAGGGGAACUCCAAAGCACCCAACCUCGAUUAUUCGUUUCUAAAACGAAGAACCUGUAUAUCCCUGACCUGGGGCAUAGCCAGGAAUUUAGCUAAUGUAGGUCCUAUGUUAAAAAACAUAAAUUUUAUUAAUGUUUUACAAUGGUUCACGGCGUGUUUUCAUAUUAUAAAAAAUAUCUAAAAUGCAUUCAUCAUCCAAACAAUCAAUAAUGGCACUUUCAAUGUGCCUAACCAAAAAAUAGUUCACAAUUUCUUUAGUCGAAGUGUAUUCUUCACCAUAUUUAUUGCAGAAAAUGCUCAAUCAACAUUUAUAGUAGUGAUAGGUAGCAACAAUGCCACCUUCAAAUAUCGAUACAUUAACGAAAACACUCAUUUAUAAUAAUUCAAAAAGAGGAAGAGAUUGAUGGUAAUUUGAGUCCUAAGGUAAGUAUCUCUCUAUCAAUUGUAAAUUCCACUCACCCUCUGACAUAACCAUGUCAGCCACGACCGCAUGCUCUGGGAAAUUAUCGUCUACGUUAGUUACAUGGGCCGCAAGGCUUUCCCCACUAUCUAGCCAAUCCAAGUCAAGAACAAUGUUAACCGCCCAUCACGUACGCUCCAACGAACAAUGGGGGAGGGAAAACAUAAUGAAAAGGCGUUGCAUAAACAAGCUUAUAGGUGUCAAUCGGGCGGGUUCGGGCUAGGUUCAAUCGGGUUCGGGUUCAAGCGGGUUGCGAGUUAGUCGGGUUGCGGGUUCAUCGGGUUCGGGUUCAAACGGGUUGCGGGUUAGUCGGGUUGCGGGUUCAUCGGGUUCGGAUUCAAUCGGAUUGCGCGCAAAUCGGGUUGCGGGUUCAUCGGGUUUUGGGUCGGGCGGGUUGCAGGCGGGUCGGGUUUCGGGUUGUUCGGGCCAGCGCAUCAAGUAACUUAACUCAUUACUCAUUACCAACUUACACAUUUUAUUACACUAAUUUAAAAUAUUUUCUCAACUUUUUAACCAAUUUAUUUCUACCUCGUAUAUAUAUACUUUAUCUUUUGGGUGAAUACAAUUUAAUAUCCAAACCUUUCAUUUUAAACAAUAUAAUAGCCAAACCUUUUCGAAAACAAUCUAAUAUCCAAAUCGUCAACUUUCCGUCCAUUUGACCAUUGGUUGACACUUCAAAAAAGCUUUGUUUAGGGGAAAUUGUCACAAUACAACUUUGUUUUCUUGUUUUGGCAUUGUAGAUGACUGAAUAUUUAGAUAUUCUAUACCAUCAUGGUGGAGUCAGGAACUUCUCGGGUUUGGAACCACGAUAUGUUGGUGGUUUUGCAGAGAAGAUAUCGAUGGAUAUUGAUGAAGCAUCGUACUUCGAACUUUUUUGAAGUGUCACCUAACGGUCAAACGAACGGAAAUUUAACGAUUUGGAUAUUAGAUUGUUUUCUAAAAGGUUUGGCUAUUAUAUUGUUUAAAAUGAAAGGUUUGGAUAUUAAAUUGCAUUUACCCUUAUUUUUUUGAAAAAAACUAGUCAAAAUGUUAAAUCAAUUUGUAUGACUUGCAAACUUGUUAUGUAAUUAAUCAUAAUUGGUAAAGUAUUAUAGCUAAUAGUAAUGGUGAUAUCGAUAUUUGCAACCAAAAGACACCGUUAAUUAUUUAUUUGAUAUUUUAGUAUUAAUUCAGUAGUAAUUGGAUUAAAGUAUCUCGUUUAGU